GAGAGGGUUCGAGAAUAUUUUGAUGAGAUAUUAGUACAUUAGUACAGAUAAUUUAACUUUGUAGCAAGUUCAUUAUGAAUUUCACGAUGAAGUGAGGAAGAAUGAUAAAGUACACAAUAGUUUCAUAAAAAAAAGAAAAAAUGAGAAAUCAAAUGGAGGUUUAUUUUGAGGGUGAAUAAAGUAGAAGGAAGAUCCUGAAGUGUUCAAAGAAAACAAUCUGUAACUUAAUUAUAACUCAUUGUCUAUGUUUAUUGGGACACCCUGUAGGUAGAGUAGACUGUAGUAAAGGUGUUCUGAAACAACUCAAACAAUUCAGGUGUUAUUUGUUUUUUGUCCCCUGAAAAGGUUAAUUCGACAUUUAUAAUUUUUAGUAGAGUUUCAAAAAUAUUGCUGAGUAGCUGUAAGAACCAGUUAAUUGCAAACAAAAAUAUUUAUAAAGAUGCUUUAAAUGAAAAAAUUUGUAAAUUUUUUAAUUUGGGUGUCUGGUGCCCGUCUUUUGUCCCACUGCACUGAAAAGUGAUUAAAUCCAAUUCUCUUUGGAUUAUAAUUGCAAUAGAAAAGAUGAAAAUUAAAGAAAUAUGGAGAAAUAUCUCUGUAGAACCUUGCUACCUAUUCUUCUCUAUAUGUCAGGGUCUGUAUACGAUGGUUGUUGCUAAUCUAUACAUGGACAAGGUCUGUCAAGUGAAUUUAAAUAUUUCUCAAGAAAUCUGUAAUAAUCUCAGUCAGUAUAAGGAAAUAGAAAUAGAGGUCCAAAAAGAAGUUUCUGUUUUACGAGGAUACAGUUCCCUAUUACAGGCGGCCCCUGGAAUACUGUUUGCUUUGUUUGCUGGGCCCUGGUCAGACACCCAUGGCAGGAAAUAUCUAAUUGUCUGUUCCUGUUUUGGAUAUAUUAUCAACAAUACUGUUUUUAUAAUAAAUGUAAUAUGGUUUAAAGAGUUUACAGCAGAAUAUCUUCUUCUGGAAGUUCUACAGGACUGCACUGGUGGAUUUGUCUGUUUCUUCUUGGGUUGUUAUUCGUAUAUCUCUGAUGUCUCAUCUUCACAAACAAGAACAAAAAGGCUCGCAUUUUUUGAUGGACUGUCUCCUAUUGGAUUGUAUAUAGGUUUAGCAGUAUCAGGACCCAUAAAAGUCAAUUUUGGUUACAUUGCUAAUUUUGUGUCGGCCAUAAUAUUUGCUUUGGCUGCCAUGUUUUGGGCACUUUUCUUUCUUAAGGAUUUCCACGUUCCAUCGGAGGAGAUAAUAGAGUCGGAGGAGAUGAAAGAGAUGGAGGUAUUGAAUGGAAACAGGGUUUCGAAGGAAAUGGAGGAAGAAAAAAGAGAAUCAGCUGAUUUAAAUCUGAAUAUUAAAGCUGUCAAAGGGCGUUCGAAGUCUAAGGUUUGUGCACUAUUUGAUCUAAAACAUGUUAAAGAUGGAUUCUCAGCAAUGUUCAAAAAACGAGCAGGAAAAUUCAGAAAAUAUUUACUUCUUCUUGUUCUCUGCUUUCUUAUGCAAAGUUUCUGCUAUUAUGGAAGAGGCUCCUCUGAUUAUCUCUACUACAGACGACAGUUUAACUGGAACACAAAUGAGUUCAGCAUGUAUAAAUGUUUCCAAGGAUUAUGGGGCUCGGUUGGUAUGUUUGUUGUUAUACCAGUUCUAUCCCGGACAUUCCACCUUCAUGAUACUACAAUAGGUGUGAUUGCUACUAUUGCAAUGAUUGUUCAACUUAUUGUAGUUUGUUUUACCCCGCCAGAUUACGAAUGGAUGGUCUAUCUUACUGCAGCAAUAUCUCUGCUAAGUCCUGGAAUAACUACUUUAUGCAGAUCGCUAAUCACUAAAUGCAUCGAACCUACAGAAGUAGGGAAGGUUUUCAGUAUAUUAGGUGCACUUCAGGGUUCUGUGCAUGUAUUUUCUGGACCCGGUUAUGGAUAUUUAUACAAGAUGUCAGUAGACAUUUUUCCAGGUCUGUAUCUUUUAUGCACUGCUUCUGUUUAUCCAGUUCUGAUACUUUUGCUGCUUAUCCUUCAUAACGGAUUAAAACAGAGAGGGUCUGCCCCUCAAAACAGNUGA